AUGGAGGACGGCAAAUUAGGGGUUGAGGAACUUGAUGCCAAUGCUUUUGAUCAUCUCAUUGGAGACAAUCCUAUCAAAGGUAGUGUUCUUGAACCGGGCGGGCAAUUCGCGGGAGUCGAGCAGAUGGACAAUGAUGCUUUACUUGCCGCUCCACCACUCGCCCCACCCAUUCUACACUAG